AUGCACGUACACUAGCUGGUCGGUGGAGAGUGCUAUACAUCACACAGAUUAUCUAUAGGCGAAUGAGCAGCUGUACCUCCGUAAAGCCUCUCGGGUGAUGAUAUACAGAAUCUGCAGGGAGAGAAUUUUUUCGAUGAGGAAAACGUUGUCUGUCAAAACAUCACAUGGGGUCAACGGAAUCGCUUCCUGCAUCGCGCUACAACAACCGUUUUGCGCGUUUCGCUUUUGCCGCUUGGAUUUGAUAGAAUUAUAUCGAUAAGAUUUACAUUCUUCGCACGCCGCCGAUGUCAUAUAUUUUAUUGCGAUGAUAAGCAAAGUUAAAAAUGCCAUGUCCUCGCUGGUGGGCGGAAUUAUCCCGCACGGCCACCAUCAUCAUCUGCAACAGCACGGAUCCGCGCAGAACGGCGGCACGGACGGGCUUCCACCACGAUUCCCGUACAGCCGACCCGAGUUCCUGGACCUGACACCGGAGCUGCUGCAGUACUCCACCGAACACGCGUCCAGACCGGUCAUCACGCUUCAGAGAGACAGCAGGCUUCCGUGGCGAACGGGAUACGCGGAGGUGAUAAAUGCAGGGAAGAGCAUGUUAAAUGAAGACCAGGCAUCCUGUGAGCUGAUGUAUGUGAGGAAGAUCAGCAGUAAACAGCAACGCUGCUCCAUGUUACUGGAGGACAGUGGGGACACUGCAGGUAUUCCCAUGCACUUCUGGGGUGUUUUUGAUGGACAUGCAGGCUCUGGAGCUGCACUCAUGGCAUCCAAACUUCUCCAACGUAUCAUCCGUGAUCGUCUUUGUGAUGUCGCCCAUCUCCUUGAAAACCAGAAUAGUCCACCACCCAUCUGCCUGGCCAAGAACGGGAGCCCCUUCCAAGCUGAUGCCAAAAAAGGGGCCUGCCUGGAUGGAGAGGAGCAGGAGGGGCUCCCAGAUGAGCCGCGGUUCCACAUGGAGAAAGACAUUAGUGUGGAGAGCCUGGUGAUGGGGAUCAUAGAGACUGCAUUUAGACAGAUGGAUGACCUCAUAGAGAGAGAGAAAGAAUCUUACAGCAUUUCUGGUGGCUGUUGUGCCUUGGUUGCAAUACACUUGUUGGGAAAGCUCUAUGUAGCAAAUGCCGGAGACAGCAGAGCCAUAAUUGUCAAAACCAAUGAGGUCAUCCCCAUGUCCACUGAGUUCACACCUGAAAGUGAAAGACAGAGGUUACAGCAUCUGGGCUUCCUUAAACCAGAGCUGCUCGGGAAUGAGUUUACACAUAUUGAGUUUCCCAGGCGCAUCCAACACAAGGAGCUCGGCAAGAAGAUGCUCUUCAGAGACCACACAAUGACUGGCUGGGCAUAUAAGACAAUUGUAGAGGAUGAUCUUAAAUUCCCACUGAUUUAUGGGGAAGGGAAGAAGGCCCGGGUCAUGGCCACUAUUGGCGUAACACGUGGUUUGGGCGAUCACGACCUGAAAGUGUACAACUCAAACAUUCAUAUCAAACCAUUCCUAUCAUGCUGCCCAGAGGUAAAGGUGUAUAACAUCUCUGAGCACAAACAUGGGCCUGAUGAUGUCCUGAUCAUGGGUAGUGAUGGACUAUGGGAUGUCACAACUGAUAGAGAAGUUACAGAUGCAGUGACAACUUUCCUAUCUGGCCGUGAACCCAACGAGCCCCUGAGGUACACUCUUGCAGCACAAGAUCUCCUAAUGCGUUCACGUGGAGUUCUGAAGGAGCGAGGAUGGCGCUUGCCCAAUGAAAGACUUGGCUCUGGUGAUGACAUCACAGUGUUUGUCAUUCCACUGGCUGGAGCGGAGUUAGAGACAUGACAAGGUGAGCCCACGUUCACUGGACAAGCACACCAGGACACGGCGAGAGAAAGGGCUUGGAAUCCAAGAAAUCAUUUUCAUUAGAUCACAUGGAUCGGAUAUGGGAGACCCAAUACCCCCUUCUCCGAGUUGUAUGCUUCACUCUGAAUAACGUCAAGCCCAUGUCAGGUGUGGGAUGACAUCAUCAAGUGCCAUUCCUUCCCCCGCUCUCCACCUCUUUCUGAUUUGUCUACUAUAUACUCAACAAGUCAGUACAAGACACGAGGGCUUAUAACAGAUGAGUAUUCUUUAAAAUGAUAGUUCACGCAAAAAUGAAAAUUCUGUCAUCUUUUACUCACUCUAAUGUUGUUCCAAAGCUGUAUCUUUCUUCUUUGGAAGAGAAAAGCAUAUGUUAGGUGGAAUGUAAGCCUCAGUCACCAUUCGCUUUCAUUCAUUCUCCUUUUUUGUUUCUUGUAAGAAAGAAAGCCAGGCAGGUUUGGAACAACAAUAGGAUGGGUAAAUGAUGACAACAUUUUUAUUUUUGGCUGAACUGUCCCUUUAACAUCAGUGGGGCAUUUGAAAUCUGAGUCUCAGUGUGGCAAAGGAAUAAGCCAAUACUACUAAAAACCCUGAUGGCAAGGGAAAUAAAUAACAAAAGCACUUUUGACUAUAUAUAUAUACAGUAUAUAGCAGAAACCAUUUGAGCUGUAAUUUAAACUGCUGAUUAUUUCUGUCUCCAAAGACUGUUGUUUCUGUUGACUGUACUGGUGACUGAAUUUAAGGUUUUCUAUAGCAAGACGCAAUCAAAAAAACAAUGCAGGCUUUAGUUUUUCAGUCAGUUUAGCUGUUUUGGGUUCAAAUAGGUCUCCUUGAGAAUUAAAGUCAACAUGAAAUCAAAACCGACCCUAUUUACUUUCUUAAAGGAAUAGUUCAUCCUAAAUAAAAAUGAUGUUGUUUGAAGAAUCUACUGCUUGCUCUGAUCCAUGCAAUUAUAAAGAAUGGGGAUUGAAGCUUUCAAGUAAUCAUAAAAAGUGAUCCAUAUGACUUGUGAGCUAUAUUCCAAGUCUUUUGAAGUCAUAUGAUAGCUUAGUGUGAAAAAUAGACAGAUCAUUAAGUCAUUAUUCACUGAAAACCUUGACAGAGAAGUAAUGAUGUCCGAUUCAUUCUUCAGAGUCUGAUAUUUCCAAUGAAUCUGUAAAUCGGGUUCACCAGCCUGAACGAUUUGUUCAUGAAUAUAGUGUGCCAGUCAUAUGCUUAUGCUUAUGGGUCAUUCUAUAAUUGCAGGUACAUUUCAUGCCCAUGGGAUAUUUAUCUAAUGCAUUUUCAUCCAUUUACAGUACCAAUGCUUAUAUUAUUAGUACAUAAUUAUAUUUUUCCAAAUCACUUCAUUAUUUGUUGGAUAAGCCAUCUCUAAGCAUAUGACAUAAAACAUUGGUAUUCAUCUGUCUGAUUUUGUAGAGUUGGUCAUUCUACUUUGCAAAUGCAUGAAAAUGAGACCUCAAACAUAAACUAAUUUUAUGUCUGUCUGAAAAAACAAUGGUCAACUAAGUUAUCCAUCUGAAGAAAAAACAUCACUUCAAAAAGGAACAGUUUGUUCCAAUAUAAUAUGUCUUGCACAACAUUGUGUAAUUUCGUCAGGACACACAAGGAUAAAGGACUUAAAGUUAUGUUCUUUCUCUUUUUUCCAAAUAUUUGUCAAAAAGCCAAGCCUGAGCCAAGAGUGGAUUAAUUUACUGUCAACAGUUUUAAAACAUUACUAAAAAUGAUUCAAUAUUAUUGAAAAUACAUUUCCAAAGGUGCCAUGUGCUCAGUAGAUCGAGGUUCCCUAUAUUGAGGAAAGACUUGAAGUGUUAAAAAAUAUCAACAAUGUUACACUUUUAGCACAUUCUACAGAUAUUAAGAGUUGUUUAAAAGUGUUACAUUUAUUAAAUUUGAAGGAGUUAUUGAACAUUAGCUUAGCAGUCAUUUGGAACCUUUUAAAAUCAUGUUCAGUAAAAUAUUUUAAAACAAUGUUCAGAUGGAAUAAAUAAAAAUGAGCAUUGUCAUAAUUAUAACUUGUGAAAUAUUAGUGCUUGCUCAUUUUUUCAUUAAAGCAUUAGAGAUCAUAAUUGUUGCUUUUAGUGAAUGGUCACAUAAUCCAUCAAAUCAGGUUGCUAUGUUAAUUCUUGGUAUUUUCCAAAAGUGUACAAAAUUACUUAAUUUGUUGACAAAUUAGCCUGGUAACAUCAUUCUUUUUAAGAAAAAUGUCCAAAAUUAGGCUACCCUGAUUUUGCUCAAUAGUAAAUAUAUUGAAUUUUAAAGUAGCUUUAUAAGAUGAUAUUUGGGUAUUGGAGAAAACUUAAAAAACAAAAAAUCUUCUCACCAUCAAGUGCCAAAUGUACUGCUAAUUAUAGAUUGACCCUUAUAUGUUAUGGUGCUUUUGCAUCAUUUUUUAAGCUUUAAAGCUCCAGUCACUAUCAUCUUAAUGGGAAUGCAUGGAAAAUAGCAACCAAUAUUUAGUCUUUCAAAAAUUAUAUAUUUUUUAUGUCCCUGGGAAGAAAGAAAAUUCAUACAGGUUUGGAACAAAAAGGGAAUGAGUAAAUGGUGACAAAAUUGUACCCAGCGAUUCCGUUCCUGGUCUUAUUGUGCAUGAUUAAUUUGUACACAUUCAUUUGUCGAUGAAUAAAAUUGAGGUCUGCCCUACAUUCCAUUUUUUUCUUUAUAUAUCUAUAUAUAUAUAUAUAUAUAUAUAUAUAUAUAUAUAUCCCCUUUCACUGGGGCCUGGGUAGCUCAACAAGUAAAAGGCGCUGACUACCACACCUGAAGUCGCAAAUUAGAAUCCAGGGCGUGCAGAGUGACUCCAGUCAGGCUUCCUAAGCAACCAAUUGGCCCGGUUGCUAGGGUGGAUGGCGUCACGUUGGGUUAACUUCCUCGUGGUCGCUAUAAUGUUCUCCCUCUCUGUGGGGCAUGUGGCGAGUUGUUUGUGGAUGCCACGGAGAAUAGCGUGGGCCUGCACAUGCGUUAGGUCUCCACGCUAACGUGCUCAACAAGCCACGCGAUAAGAUGCGUGGAUUGACUUCUCAGAUGCGGAGGCAACUGAGAUUCGUCCUCCGCCACCUGGAUUGAGGCGAGUUGCUACACUGCCACGAGGACCUAGAGCAUAUUGGGAAUUGGGCAUUACAAAUUGUGGAGAAAAGGGGAGAAAAUCUUUCACUAAUAAAUAUGUAACAUGUCAGAAGUAAAGUGGGUUCUGAAUGCCAUUUCAUGUUUACUUUAAGCUCCGUAGAAAUAUAAACUAGUAUCAACCUUGCUUCUGUAGACGUAGCUGAACCAGGAUCAUUUUCCGUACACCCUAAAAAUCCAUGUGCAAUGUACAGUAUUAAUGAUUAAAAAGACAGAAUUAUCUGGGUUUAAUUUCGGAUAAAACAUUGAUGGGUAUAGCAGGCGUUCUAUACCCCACUGAACUGAUUGCUUGCACUGCUGUAGAUUUAAUCAUAGUAGCUGAAUGACCAAUUUCUUUGCUGUAGAUAAAACCUUAUCUGGUCUCAAACCUUUUGUCAGUGAGGAAUCUAAAUUCCAACAACUAUUUAGAUCCAGACCUGAACCUGAGAAACCCAAACUUAGUUUCAUCAGUCAUUUUGGUCUUUUUGUACACCUUGAAUGUACUUUAUUUCCUUUACUUGAUGUCAGUGUUGUGACUGUGUAGUGUAUACUGGAUACAUAUUGAGUUCUGCCUUUCAAAUGAUGAUUAAUUGUCAAAGGAUUACUCUUUGCAAAUGAUUAUGUGACUAAAUCGAAAUAAAUCUAUCCUUUUU